UCGCCACGCUGCGUCAUGGAAGAGAGGAGUCAGAGUUUGUUGUCUGGUCUAAAAUCUUGAGGUCACCUGUAUGAGCUGACAAAAAUUGUUUACUCGAGUUAAAUCCUUGAAUUCAACAGGUCCCCUUGAAUGAAAGCUUCAUGUUUUACUCACCUUGCUGCAUGUGGAGCGGGGGGCUUUGGGGUCCUUGGCCACUCACCGGCUCCAGUGGCCGGGCGUCCCCUUUGCGCACAGACUCCUGGGCUAUUCCCGGAGAAUCAGCUCGACUUUUCAAGCUGUAAACUUUAUUAGGGCCGAUUCUGGCUCUCUGACAUUUGGGUGCUAAAUGAAUGGGGGGUUUUGUCUAUGAAUUAGAUCGUAAAAAUCAUCCGGAGCGCGGCCAGAUAGGCUCACUGGCCAUAAACGGUCACGUGGUAGCCAUUAAAGUAAGUUUUAUGGUUUUGGGGAGUUGACAGUAUAUUGCACAUAACAUAUAAUCGCACUGACGGCGAGGCUUCGUCUGACUCUCUCUUUGCAGGCUGUAAGUGUUACUUGACCGGUACAGCCCGUCUCUAUUGCUCAGUCUGCCUCAGUAUGGACCGGACGCUCUCCAGGAAGAGGACCGCGUCUCUGGAGGCCUUGUUGACGUGGACAGUGUGGAUGAGCUUUGUGAAGAGCUGCUGCAUCUUCAUGGGACACAGAUACAGUGUGGCACCUCGGACAUGGAGAGGAAACAGGACCUGGACGUGAUGGCUGAUGGCGGGGAGCACGAAAACCAGCCAAGUAAAUUCAGGCCAUCGCACGGUCUCCGAGACACCUUGAACUGCCUUCGGUUCACCCGAGGAGGCCAUUGGCGGAGAGGCGUCACGUGACCACGGGGUGCCAAUGUUAUUCUACAAGGGUGUCAAGACCCUGUCAGUUUCUGAAAUAAAUAUUGGGAAACGGCGAGAUGCAAAAGGCAACCUACUACGACAGCUCCGCAAUUUACAGUGGCUACCCAUAUCAAAGCGCAAAUGGCUUCAGUUAUGAUGCCAAUCAGGUCCAAUAUCCCCGGGCCUCUCAUGUGGAAAGUGAGUACCAUCGACCUGCCUGCUCCCUGCAGUCUCCUGACGGCUCCGUGGCUCUGCAGAAGCCGGGGGAGAUGGCGGAGAGCUGCGACAGGACCACAGCCAUUCAGGCGGCGCAGUCCAAGGUUCAUCCCGAAAGCAAUCAACCGCAGGUGCCAGUGUCAGGCCCACCCCCUCCCUCACAAUCCCCCGGUGCUAUCAGCCAAAACACAAGCAACGGGUCCAACCAGCCCAGUGCCAAGAACGGCUCGCCGACCUCUGCAGCUCGCAAACACAUCUUCCCCUGGAUGAAGGAAUCACGUCAGAACACCAAGCAGAAACCCACCAGUAGCUCCAGUUCAGUGGAGAGUUGCCCCGGAGACAAGAGUCCUCCGGGGUCAGCAGCAUCGAAGAGGGCCCGGACAGCCUACACCAGCGCUCAGCUAGUGGAGCUGGAGAAGGAGUUCCACUUUAACCGGUACCUCUGCAGACCCCGGAGGGUGGAGAUGGCCAACCUGCUCAACCUCACCGAGAGACAGAUCAAAAUCUGGUUCCAGAACCGCAGGAUGAAAUACAAGAAGGAUCAGAAAGGUGUUGGAAUGAUGCCCUCCCCUGGCGGACAGUCCCCUCGGAGUCCCGUGGGCCCGGCCUCCGGUGGUGGUGGCAGUGGUGGAGGCUACCUCAACUCUAUGCAUUCUCUUGUAAACAGUGUACCUUAUGAAUCCCAGUCGCCGACGUCUUACAAUAAACCUCAUCAAAAUGCAUACGGCAUGGCCACGUCAUAUCCCCCUCCUUUGAACAGCUCCCUCAACAACUGCCCGCCCUCCCAGAAGAGGUAUCCCGGGACCGACUCGGCCACGCCCGAGUAUGACGCGCAUCCUCUCCAAGGCAAUGGCAACUACGGGACUCACAUGCAGGGCAGCCCCGUUUAUGUCGGCGGAGGUUACAUCGACUCAAUGCCCAGUUCUGGGACCUCAGUUUUCGGUCUGACCCACCUCCCGCACCCGCCGUCCGCAAACAUGGACUACAAUGGAGCAAUCACAAUGGGCAACAGUCAGCAUCACGGAGUGUGUGAUCCGACACCAACGUACACAGACCUAACGCCGCACUACUCUCAGGGAAGAAUCCAGGAAGCGCCCAAGCUGACGCAUCUGUAGCGGUGGCGCUCCCCGGAUCACUCCGCCCAUUGUGUUAUCCACCUCCAGACACAUUACUGCUUUGUUUCCGCGCCUCCUCACGGCUUCCACCUUCUCUCUGCCUUUGUUUAUGUUUUCUAUAGUUUGAUGUGUGAAGUAGCGUAGGAUAAAUAAUCACAACUUGCUUGAAUUUUUCUCUAUUUGCUCGUGUCAUUGUCUCACAAAGACCUUUAUCUGGGCUGUAGGACGUCUAGAGUGGGAGGGAGGGGGGCACAGUAUAUGCAUAGGCCUAUUUAAUCUUUUUUUUUUUAAUCUUGUUUUAAAAUCGAAACUCAAACAGGGUAUUAUGAACAUAUGUUAUUCAUUUUUAAUGUGAAUUUGUCCGUCUUUUAUUUAUCCGCAGUUGAAGAAUUGUGUUUUGCAUUUUGUUGCACUUGUGAAAGGAUCCUUCAAGAGCCACGAGUUGGGAUUAUGAGGGAAAUACAUUUUCAGAAACAAGGGUCAUGCGCUUACACGCAACCUCCCUUGCUUUGUGUUGUUCUAUUGGACUUUCAAAUGUUAUUUAUUUUGUUCGGUGUUAAGAUAAAAGAGUCCUUUAGUAUUAUUUGACACCUCUGCGAUCUUUGUGUGGGGGACAAGGUUGGUGGAAAAUUAGCGUCUCGGCCCUUUUCCAGCCCAUACAUGUAGUCUGCACACGCUCCUCAGCAGCAGCAGCAGCAGCAGCAGCAGCACACCAUGUUGCUAUUAUAGGCUAUGUUUCCAUUUUUCUUCUUCUUCUUCUUCUUCGAGGAGGUGUUUUAUUUUCUCAGCGAAUGUAAAAUCAAUCAGUCAUGCAAUAAGGGUGGAAAGAAGGACACACAUUUGCAGUUUCUUUGUUGAAGUAAAAAAAAAGAAACAGACAUCAUCAAUUUUCUUUUUUCGAUGUCAUACAUUCCACGCUGCUCCAGUUCGAAGAAAUAAAUAAAAGAAUUGAAAUAUAA